AUGGCCGACGAAGAAAAGGUAGCCGGGAUGUCCUCGGCCGUCGACGUCGAAACUGCCAAGAAUGUCGACCCAACGCUCGAGAAACAUGCCCACGAUGCAGACGACGCCAUGAAGGUCUUUGACGAGCUGCACGGCGAAGCCAUCGAGCUGGACGAGGCGACGAAUCGUCGACUUCUGCGCACUAUUGAUUGGCACAUGAUGCCGAUUAUGUGUUGUGUCUAUGGGAUGAAUUUCCUCGAUAAGACUACCCUUUCGUAUGCGAGUAUUAUGGGACUGAAGCAGGAUUUGGAACUCAAGGGUGAUGAGUAUCAAUGGCUGGGGAGUUUGUUCUACUUUGGAUAUCUCGCGUGGGAGUACCCGACCAACCGCCUGCUGCAGCGGUUGCCGCUGGGCAAGUACUCGGCCGCGUGUAUUAUUAUCUGGGGUCUGAUCCUGAGUUGUUUCGCCGGCGUAAAGAACUACGCAGGAGCGAUUGCGAUCCGCCUGUUCCUGGGUGUAUUCGAGGCUGCUGUGACGCCGGGUUUUGCCCUGAUCACAUCCCAGUGGUACACGAAAAGAGAGCAGGGCUCUCGCGUGAACAUCUGGUUCAGCUUCAACGGCGUCGGCCAGAUCCUUGGUGGCGUGGUCGCCUACGGCAUUGCCAUCGGCACCGAGAAACACGGCUCAUCGAUCUCAUCGUGGAAGAUUGUCUUCCUUUUCACCGGCGUGCUGACCAUGGUGCUGGGUCUGGUAUUCUACUGGGUUGUACCGGACAACCAGCUAAAUGCACGCUGGUUGAAGAAAGAGGACCGAUUGCUGGCUGUAGCGCGAGUCCGAAUCAACCAGCAGGGAAUCGGUAACAAGCACUUUAAGAUGUAUCAGGUCAAGGAAGCGCUGCUGGACCCGAUGACCUGGGCAUUCUUCUUCUAUGCGCUGAUUGCGGAUAUCCCCAAUGGUGGUAUCACCAACUUUUUCAGUCAAUUGAUUACUAGCUUUGGCUUCACCGCAGAGCAGAGUCUGAUCCUAGGUGUCCCCGGCGGUGCGGUCGAAGUCAUCGCCCUCUUGCUGAAUGGGUAUAUGGGCCACAUCACGAACCAGCGACUGCUGUGCAGUCUAGGAGGCCUGGUCUCUGCACUGGUCGGCAUCAUCCUCAUCGUGGCACUUCCCGAAUCAAACAAUGUCGGCCGUCUGAUCGGAUACUACAUGACGCAAGCGAGUCCGACAGCCUUCGUCGCGCUGCUGUCCAUGAUCUCGUCCAAUGUGGCUGGGUACACGAAGAAGACAACCGUGGCAGCGUUGUACCUGAUCGGAUACUGUGUGGGCAACAUUAUCGGACCUCAAACCUUCCGCCCAAAGGAUGCCCCCCGCUACGUCCCCGCCGAGAUCACCAUUAUUGUCUGUCUCGCCAUUGCCAUCUGCAUCAUGGUCUUUAUCUGGUGGUGGUACCGAAAGGAGAAUGCGCGGAAAUUGGAGCUCCAGGCGCGACCGGAUUAUGUGCGGUUGGAGAAUCAAGAGUGGCUUGAUUUGACGGAUCGGGAGAACCCCGAUUUUACGUAUGCGCUGUGA